UCUAUUCCAUCCAUUUGUAGCUAUACAUACUUGCGUACUUUUUGUUGUGGUUUCUAUUUUUGUACUGCGUAAAAUAAGCGAAAAAUGUGGACAUAAUUGUUGAAAUGUGAUUCUCCUUUUGAAAAAUGAUAACAUUCGGCACUGCAAGCUCAACGGCGUUAGAUGAUACAGGAGAAGUGAGGAGUAUAUGUGAAAGCAUUGGAAGUGAUGGCUCUAGUGCUACCGUUCAGCCUGGGAGCUCUAACCAGCGUCCCCGAAUGGAUAUUGCAUGUGUUCUCGAUGGUAUACAGUCAACAAAUUUGCCUCAUAGAAAAAGAGCCCUGGAAGAAGUUAGGAUGGCCUCAGAAUUGGUGAACGCAAAUUUACAUUACAUCACUUAUGAGAAGUUGGAUUUUGGUGAGACAGGAGUGCUGGACACAUUUUACAAUGCAGAUGUUGCGAUUGUGGACCUUAGUGUCCAAGUGCAACAAAUUACUUUGCUAUACCAUCUAGGAGUUAGAGAGAGUUUUGGAAUGAAACAAAAUGUACUAUUGUAUAAUGAUGUUGAUCCUGAUUCAACAUUAAGACUUAAGAUAUCCUUGCCCAAUGUCCCAUUUGUGUCAUACAAACUGACGGAUAUGAGCACCUGUGUGACAACAAAUCCUGCGGCCACAAAGUUUAAAGGGGAAGAAGCAGCCGACCCAAAACAACACCUCACUUUAAGACUCAAGCACAUAUUACAAGACUUCGAGAUUGAAACUAAGGCACAUCUACAAGAGAAGUUUUUAGCUGAUCUACGAAAAGCGCGCGAAACAUACAGUGGUCAAGAAUUGGCGGACGUGCUGCACGCAAUGCGUCGACGAUUGGACGACCCCGCAGUACUUUCAGGUGAUACUAUAGUCAACAUGUUAAUAUCCUACAGAGAAAUACAGGACUACGAUGCAAUAGUGCAUAUAGUGGACGACCUGAAGAUGAUUAUGAAUGGCAAGACUUAUGUCAAAAUGCCGAUCGUUAAGUUUUUAUAUGCCUUCGCCAUGAACAGGCGUAACAAAGAAGGCGACAGAGAAAACGCGCUGAAAGUCUGUGUGCAAGCAUUGGAGAAGAAAGAGAACCGCUUUCCUGAUAUGUUAUGCUUAUGUGGACGUAUAUACAAAGACAAGUUCGUUGAAUCCAAACAUACCGACAUGGAGAGUCUCAAAAAUGCCAUUCAUUGGUAUAGGCAGGGCUUUGAAAUACAGAAAAACGAAUAUGCUGGCAUCAACUUGGCAACGUUAUUGGUUAUAGCUGGAAGUGACUUCAAAAACUCGCAAGAAUUGCAACAGAUUGCCAUGGUUUUAAAUCACCUGAUCGGCAAAAAGGGCAGUCUGUCUUCACUAAAGGAGUAUUGGGACGUGGCGACCUUCUUUGAAAUCUCCGUGCUAGCUCAGGACUACGUGAAAGCUAUACAGGCCGCCGAAUGCAUGUUUAAGUUGAAACCUCCUAAUUGGUACCUUAAGUCCACUAUCGGAAAUAUUGAGCUCAUUGACAGGUUCAGAAAGAAAAGCGAGGAAACAACUCCAGAGCAACAAGUGUUUGAAUUUUGGAUGGAAUAUUUUGUUGAGGCUACCAAGGACACCUGUGAGAGCAUUAUAAGAUUUCCUGUACUAAUUCUAGAAACAACAAAAGUGUACAUGCCCUCUUACGUAAAUGUCAACAUGGGAGCGGAACAGAAGUCUGUGGAGAUAUUCAACCUGUGUAUGGAGGACAUGCGCGGAGAGUGUCGGCAAGUCCAUAGGUGGCUGUUCACGUCCGACAUGAUACGCAGUUACAGCUUGUACAAACGCGACGAACGUUGCUUAUUCCUAUACGUGAGCGAGAACUCCGAUGACUUCCAAAUAUUCUUGCCCUCCGAGGUGUACCGUCAGCAUCUACAUGAUCUGCUGGGGGAGCUCACUGCCGACCAUGAGAAGGUGGCUGACCUUGACACCACCAACAUGCAGGAACAACUCAAGUACGAAUAUGAAUUGGAUGACUUCAACAAGCGGGUGAUAUUAGGCAAAGGCACCUAUGGCGUAGUGUACGCGGCACGCGACCCGCGGACUCAGGUUCGAAUCGCGGUCAAAGAGAUACCUGAGAAGAACCUCGGCGACGUUCAGCCCUUACACGAGGAAAUCCUGCUUCAUUCACAGUUGAGGCACAGGAAUAUUGUACAGUACAUUGGGUCUAUUUCUGAAGACAAUUACUUCAAGAUAUUUAUGGAGCAGGUCCCUGGAGGCUCCCUAUCGGCCUUGCUUAAAUCCAAAUGGGGGCCUUUGAAGGAAAACGAGGCAACUAUAGCAUAUUAUACUAAGCAGAUACUUGAAGGUCUGAAAUACCUCCACGAUCAAAAGAUAGUCCACCGGGACAUAAAGGGCGACAAUGUCCUCGUAAAUACUUAUAGCGGGGUCGUCAAAAUAUCCGACUUCGGUACCUCAAAGCGGCUCGCGGGACUAUGCCCCUCUACGGAGACAUUCGCGGGGACCUUGCAAUAUAUGGCACCGGAGGUUAUUGAUAAGGGGCAGAGAGGAUAUGGCGCUCCUGCUGACAUUUGGUCUCUAGGUUGCACAGUGGUUGAAAUGGCGACUGGUAAUCCCCCAUUUAUGGAAUUAGGGUCACCGCAAGCCGCUAUAUUCAAGGUGGGCUAUUACAAGAUGCACCCGGAGAUCCCGAGCGAGUUGUCCCCGAAAGCGAAGUCGUUCAUACUGCGCUGCUUCAUCUCCGACCCCGAGAGCCGCGCCACCGCCGCCGAACUCAUUGACGACCCCUUCUUGUGCGAAAAAAAGAAGCAACCGGGUCGUCUAGGCGGCAACGUGGACUACAGCCGCAGUAUCUCCGUGCCGGCCGAGAAGGCGAGACAAUCUGCUUCGCAAAAGAAGAUAUCAGAACCAUGUAUACAGGGCACUAUUCCCAGCUCGCCGGAGAUCGAGGUGAAAACGGUCCGGUCUAACCCGACCAUCACUAGGACGGCCUCAUCGAUGCUCUCACCAAUACUGAUAUGUUCACCGGACUUGAACAAUAGCAGUACGAUGCCGAAUACGCCGUCGACGGAUGACAUGGACAGCACAGACACACUCCUCAACAGGCGGAGCUCCUCUGGGGGCCUACUCUCGCCAGAGGUGGAUAUGCCUAACGUGCCUCGUUCAUCCAUAGACGUCGAACACGACGGCUUUUAUCUACUCAAGAAAGAUUCCCAACGGCGUCUCACUCUGUCUCGUGUGUUAGAGCAGGACAGCGAGAAAAUUUGCUCCAAAUGGAUGCUUAGUAUACAACAGGACUUCGGCAACACAGUGUUGACAAUGAAUCACCUGGAAACUCUACGAUGUGCGCUCAAAGACUACAUAAUGGACCAGAAUAGACAUGUGAUCGAACAAGCCGUGACAUCACUCAAGGAAGAAUUAGACUUUGACUCCAACGCCAUACACGAGCUUCACUCAGCUAUAUACAUGUUCCAAGAAGCCGUGAACGUAGUCCUGAGGAUGCAUAGCAUAAAACCCCAUUGGAUGUUUGCAUUGGACAAUCUAGUUAGGAAUGCGGUGCAAGCAGCGAUUACUGUGAUAUCUCCUGAAUUGGGUGCAAAUUUGGCGGGUGAGUCUCGUCGCAGCGCGGGGUGUGCGACGGACGCGGCCACGCCCUCCGCCCUCUCCACCGCCACCUCCACCCGCGACCACCAGCUGCUGCAGCUGCGACAGGACAACCACAAAUUGUUGCAAGAGCUUAUGGAUAGCUACCAACAGUACCAGUUGUUACUACGGCAAAUGUUAGAGGAACAGAAAUCACAGACUCAAAUCAUAAGAGAAAUGGUCGACAGGAAAUAUCCAAACUCAUCACGGGAAUCAAGUCAAGAACCGCCCGAAGAAUACUUCGGGCCGCUUCGCGAGUGGGCUCAAGCGAAGGGGGUCCCUUAUUCGGCGGCGCGGGCGCUCGCUCUCAAUGAAUUCUCGCUGCCUGAUUUAUUGCAACAUGCCCAGAGAGAAGACAUCGCUAGGCUAAACUUGAAAGGAGGCGUCGAACUGCGCCUUUGGCGGGCAAUAGUCGAACACAGGUUGCAAUCAACGUCCACCCGCCUCCGCCGCACAAGCAGCACUGAGACAGAUAUGGACACGAACUCAAUCGUCGUCGUCGAGUGCCAACGUUGCAAAACAAACACGCUGUCUAACUCCUCGUGCGGUACCAACCCUACGAUAGUGAUCAGGGAUGGCAACGUGCAGGUAAACGGUACUGAGCUGGUCAACGUCGACAGCCCUUGACUAUUGCGCGGGUGGUGCGCUCUACAAUAAGGUCUCGGUUAAGAUUUGCUUCCAGUGUUGUGUCUACGACUUUAAUGCUUUGAGAAUAAGCUUCAAAAUUAUGUUCAUUUUUGCACAAUGUAUACUUUGUAGUGUUAUCGAAAUAUGUCCACGUCAAAUAAUAAUAUCUGUAACAAUUUAUGUACUCAUGUAAUGCACUUAAAGAUUCUUUAAUUUUGGACAUAAUCCAUAGUAAAUAUUACUAAAAAUGCUCUUCUCAAAAUUAAAUUAAUCAAAUAUUUCGUAUUGAAAUAUCUAAACAGGUUAUUAAGCUCGUAGCUUUCGUAAUUAUGUUAAUUUAUAAUGUUUAAUCUUAAUACCUUUAGAAUUGUAUAAAAUAAUAGAAUACAUAGUCGGUGUAAAUAAGAAAUGGACAAUAGAAAUCUAAAUGACUAAGCACUGGAGGCUGAAUCUCAACCACGAAUCGAAAGCAAUUUGAUGGCAAUAGGAUGAAAUCGGGUAGUUUACUCCUAGUUUUAGUUGGAAUUGUACAAAUAAUUCUUAAUUCGUUGUGUACUAAUAGUUUUCUAUUUGCCAUAAGUUUUUUGCAGCAAGAUGAGGUGAUAGAUUUUGUAAAGAAAUACGAUUCAGAUUCUGAAUUGGACAUCAAUCAAAAAAUAAUACAAACAUGUAGCUGAACUCGACAAUGGAUAUAUGUAUGGUUUCGAUAGGUAGUCAUAAAAGUCACCUCAAAUACCUUUAGGCGACUUGAAUGAAAUCUGACACCAGUGUUAGUAAUAACUUACUCGAAAAUAAGGAAAGUUGAUGGCGAUACGAAUAAGUAUGUUCCCGCAAACAUUUGUGCUUCACACUGUUUUCGUGUUCCAUUUUUUUAUUUGGGACAUUUUUGCAUAGACAUCCAACUUUAUAAAGUCUCAGUGGCGAUGUUGCCUGUGCAAAUAACUUGUGGUAGAAUUUUUUCGUGUUGACACUAGCUGAUAAGUUACGUAGUCGCUUGUUCACAUUGCUAUAUAUAAAUUGCUUGAGGCCUUGAGUGUAUCACCCUAAUGUUCUUUUGGACAUUGUGUUUUGUCUCUUUGUGUUAUUUUAAGUAUUUGUAUAUAUCUAGUCCUUGUAAGGACUACUGUUGUAUAUGGAACUGAGGUUGAUUUAUAUCUAUUAAUAAAAUUUAUAAAUUUACAGUUGGAAGCUGAAUAUUGUAUAGAAAUACGAAAGUUAUUAUUGGUUAUAGUAUAUAACUGAUCUAACUUUUUUUAUUGAACAACACAGAUCUUUUUAUAGUUGGAAUAUUUAAUAGCCACAGUGCAGCACUAAAGAAGUAAACAACGUAUUUUGACAAUGAUAGUCUUCCAAAUAAUGUGUUCAAAAAUUCCAAUUGUGCACCAUGGUAAUGCGUUGGUGCUGCCAUCUGUACUGAACUAAGCAUUAUGUUCCAUAUUUAAACUACUUUUUUAUUUUAAAUAUGCCUCAAUGACAUCGGCUUAGCAAAUCGGCAAUUUUCCUAUAGUAAAAUGUAUAUUAGGAAACACCGUUAAUUUGAUAAUAAAACGGGUAUUGUGGCAUAACACACUAGUCAAUAAAGUCGGCAACGCGCAUGUCACACUCUUGUGUUGCAGGCGUCCAUGGGAUGCGCUGACCACUUGCCAUCAAGUGGGUCGCUUCUCUGUUUGCCUGCAUGGUAAUAUAAAAAUAACAUUGUUUACGUACAAUACUCAGCUUUCACUGAAUGCGCCCACUCGUUGCGAUGUUUAACAAGUUUAUAUAGCCUGACCUAUACGGGCUUAUAUUGUAUCCGAAAUCUGAUCAUGAGAUCAGAAUCGGAUUUUUUCCUACUUGCAUCACAGCUAUAUGGUGUUAUAGCAAUCGAAAUUUGCCAUCCUGCACUAUUUGAAAAUAUUGCUAUGCGUAACCGUUAAAUAGAGAUAAAAAUGUAAUAACAGGUAUUUUUAAAAUUUUCUAUUACCUCCCGACGAUAAUGAGAUCUGAUCUUUAUUUCAUUUCUACUUCUUAAUUUGCCCUUGUUUCAAGCCGUGUAACGUUAUACAACAAUCGACGCGCAACAUAUCUCUAUCUCAUUUAUUUCCAUUGACUCUAGUGAAAUAGCAAAUCGUGCGUCUAAUUGUAAAUUGUAUUGAGUGAGAGUCAUAUAUUGCGUUUCAGUCGUUGCUUAAAGCCUCAAAUUCAUGGUACUUUUGUUGUGAAACGUGUUGCAGAGUUGCUAACAUGUUGCUUAUCAGUAUUACAGAGUUGACCAUUGAAUGAUUAUAAUGAUAAAUGUGACGCUCCAUGAAAAAAGGUACUUUAAGGAGGCCCCUUACAAUGUAUUAUGUUAUAAUAAAAAUGAGCAAGUGAACAGACUUAAAAAUAAACCAACUUUUCUUGUGGAACGUCACAAAUGUUUAUAGGCUUAACGAAAACGGCUUUAAUUACGGCUUUAAAAUAUGCAGACGCGUCUCAGACGCGUUUGUCUUUAUAUAUCACUACUAUUUUUUGUCAGGAGUUAACACAUAGGUACGUAAAAUCAAUUAGGAUUUAGCACAACUGAUUUUGUAAAUACUUUUAUGAUAUGUAUAAUUAUUUACAUUAGUUUCUAGUCUGAAAUUGUUACUGCAUAAUAUGAACGACGUUUUGGUGUUUGCUGUUAUAUGGUGCUAACUUGUGUGAUUUAUCGAAGUGCCUUUUGGAAAAUAAGCUUCCAGUAAUUUUCACAAUAUCAAAACUGCCGGUUAGUUGCCGGUCUUCGAGUUAUAUGUAGUCUCUGCCUCGCAACCGCAUCAACAUUUUUAUUUUAUGCCUCUUUGAAGAAUCUCACAUUCACAGAAACUGUGAACGAAUCACAUAAAAUAACUAAAAGUUUUGUUGUUUAAAAUGCUUCUCAAGUUAAUAACAAAAAACGUCAGUCAGUCAGAAUGAGUCACAAAAUGACGAUAGUCAAAAUAACGUCAUCGGCAAAUCAACCUAGGUUUAUACAUUCAAGUUGAAAAGUCACGUGAUAAGUUCGUUUACCAUGUUUCUUUUUAACGACGCAUAUUUUCAAUAAUUUGUCCUGAAAUGUUUUAUAAGUUUCGGCUUCGUCUAUCUAACCGGCAGUUUGCGAGUGAGAACUUAUUAUUAUUUGUUUAGUGACAGUGAUGCUUCCAUGUUUCAUAAUAAGUAACAAAACUGUUUUAAUCUACUUAAUUAAUUUCUCGUGCGAAUUUUAUAUCGGUUGAACUUUUCUUGAUUAAGUAAAACAUUAAUUUAUAUAACAUUGAUUGUCAAUGUUAUAUAAAUUAAUGUUUUGUGUUAUAAAAACUUACUUAGCUACCGUCAGGCGUAACACGGCUUCAUUGCACUUUGUACCUUAUUCAAAAUACGUUAAGGUUAAUUUUCCACCAGUGCACAGUAGGCGAGUAGUGUAGAAGGCAGCGGGAUUCAUUAAUUUAUAACUUUUUAAAAUAUGAUUUAUUAUCAAUAUUUUGAGCUCCGGUUAAUCACCUUGUACAUUAAGCUUGCUGGAAAUCUCAUUUUUUUAUUUCUGGUCACAAAUAAAUUAUCCUAUAGUAGAAGUGUUAUAUUUGUUCAAAUCUCUAGUAAUCAUAACUCGAUAUGAAAGGUAGCUGAAGCUGUUGCGAUAUGAAUAUAACCAUCGUUAAAUUUUAAUGUAAUUUGUUUAAUAUGUUAAACGUUAUGCCUAAGAAACGAACGAGUCGAAUCGUUAUUUAUACAUAUUUGUAUACAUAUAAAUAACGUAUACGUAUAAACCAUAUCAGUCUACAUUAUAUGAUAUUUUGUCUUAUUACCUAGCAGUUAGGUAAAAUUAAAACGUCAAAUGUAAAAUGUUAUAACCAAAAUUGCCUUAUGACUAAAAAACUUUCUUCACUAAACGUUAACUACGCUUUGCCUAAUGUGCCUUCUGUACUGAAUAAAAUAUUUUCACAUUCGUUUACAGUUGAUCAAAGUUCUAUGUAAUAGUUGGAGAUUACUAUAAUCAAAAAAUAACAAACAUGAUAGAAAAUAAAUAAAUUGUAGCAUUUUAGGCAAAUCUGUAAUAUUCAUGGAAUAUUUCUUGCUUCAUUCAAGUGCCAUAUAUAUGUAUAUGUAAUUUAGUGAUAUUAAAUCGUGUUCUUUUUUUUCAUUAUUUAAAAAGUCGAAACGUUUACAGGGUGAAUCGAUAAAUUGGAUAAAAUGAAGUAUUAAUUAUUGCGGAUUGUUUAUGUAAAUGUUUGUAUAUAUUAUAUUUAAUGUACACAAGGUGGCUAAUUAAUACACAGCCAUUGUGCAUCAGAUUUUGCGAUCAACAUUUUUAAAGAAAUUCGUGAAAUUAUAUUUAUCUCGUUCGGGUUCAGAAUUUGACAUGAUGUCGAUGUUUAAAAAAUAUUAUAAAUAUUUUUUGUCGAACACUAAAUGAGAUUAUUUGUUAGAACUUCACUCAUAUCGUUACACUGAUAUCCUCUAAAUAUGUACUGAAAUGUUCACCAAGUGACAUGUUAAUAUAAAUUUGUGUACAAAAAUUGAUAUUGUAUUAAAUUUAUUGAAAACUAACGAAAUACCACAUUAAUAAGGAAUACAUAAAAAUUACUUUUCUUUGCCUUUGGUUAACAAAGAUUUUUGAUUCAGUUUUUAAUAUAGAUCAGCGAACAGAGAUGAGUUUACGCCAAUCGAAAUGUUUUUUGUUUGGGGCGUAAAUCGAUCUCAGCCAGUCAGUCUUAUACGGAAAUGUAUUUAAUCACAGAAUCACAAUAGCCAUGUCUGUCACAUACACAGAAAUCGUUUUUCUUUUGUUAGAAGUGAAUGAAGACUGCAAAAUCUGACCUAUCUCUGCAAGCCAGUGUUAAUGUGAGUCUCGUGUCAGACUUCGGUAUUUUUUUAAGUUAUAAAUGAUAAGUUUACUGAAAAAAUGUCUAUAAGAUGAAAGUUAACCACAUAAUCUCUUUUUAUAAUGGGACAUUAUCCCCUAUUUGAAAAUUUACUUGUAAAUCUUAUUAUAGAAAAAUAAA